AACCAAACUAUGAAUCAAUCCUCUUGUCUUUCAUACCAAAUGAAGUACCAAUCUCAAAAGCACCCAAAGGAAACCAAAACCAAAUUUAUUGGGGUUAGACAAAGACCUUCCGGCAAAUGGGUUGCAGAGAUCAAAGACACCACACAGAAGAUCAGAAUGUGGCUCGGAACAUUCGAAUCCGCGGAAGACGCUGCUCGUGCUUACGAUGAGGCUGCUUGUCUGCUCCGCGGUUCCAAAACUCGAACCAACUUCACCACCGCACAUUUUCCUACGAAUUCUCCCAUUUCUAUUAAAAUUAGAAACCUUCUUAACCAUAAAAUCAGCCUUAAACAGAACUGUCAUCUCACAACUGCCUCAAAACCAACUUCUAAAACUAAUGAUGUUUUUGUUUCUGAUACUGCCAAUCUAAGUUUUCGGUCUGCUAAUUCCGAUUUCACUUCUUUAUUAAACAUCGGUGCUCAACAAGACAACCAACCUUCAUUUGAUGAUGCGUACCGACCGGACUUGAGUGAGUGUGUUCCGCGAUUCGAACCAGGUUCAUCUCAAUUUUACUACUCUUCAUUGCCAUUUCCAACUGAGUUUGAUCAGUUGCCAUCAAUUCAAGAAGGUAUCGAGUUGCCUGCUGCGAAUCAUCAAGUAGAAUCAGCUGAAUUCGAACGGAUGAAGAUAGAAAGACAGAUAUCAGCAUCAUUAUAUGCCAUGAAUGGAGUAAAUGAGUGCUUGGAGAUUGCUUGUGAUCCAAGUAAUGUUUUUUGGGAUUUUCCCAUUCGGAUGAAUCAGAUGUUCUGUCCCAGUUGAUCUUUUCUCUGAAUUAUGUUAAACAAUUUGAUACCUAA